GAAACUCUUCAUUUCAUCUCCCCGAUACGCAGAUCUUCUCUGGCAUCGCCACCAUGGAAAAGCUUGGAGUAGCGUCUGCAAGGAAGAGCCUGAAGCGAAAGCUCGAAGAGGAGUUCGAAGAGGAUGGCAGACUGGAUGCUCUCUCACAACCCCACGCGCUUCGCGAACUGGUGCGCGAGGUCAGCGCGCAUGUCAGCGUUCUCAACUCUGCUCUCUCUUCGUCCGAAGCCGAUCGAUCCGCUGCUAAGCGCGCCGUUCAUGUUCUGACCGAACUCGCAAAGAACGAUGAAAUUGCGAAUGUGAUUGUUGAUUGCCAAGUUGUGCCGGCUCUGGUUGGGCAUCUUCAGUCACCUCCACCCUUGGUAGAAGGUGACAGUAGCCCGAUUCCAUUUGAGCAUGAGGUUGAGAAAGGGUGUGCCCUUGCACUCGGACUCCUUGCUGUAAAGCCAGAGCAUCAACAACUCAUUGUCGAUGCAGGGGCUCUGCCUCAUCUUGUGGAACUCCUAAAGAGGCAUAGGUCUGGUUAUAAAACUCGGGCUGUCAAUAGUGUUGUAAGGAGAGCAGCCGAUGCAAUAACAAACCUAGCUCAUGAGAACAGUAACAUCAAAACCCGUGUCAGGAUUGAAGGUGGUAUCCCGCCCCUUGUUGAGUUGCUUAAAUUCAUUGACACAAAGGUUCAGAAAGCAGCUGCAGGAGCUUUGCGAACCCUCGCAUUUAAAAAUGAUGAAAAUAAAAAUCAGAUUGUGGAGUGCAAUGCUUUACCUAUGCUUAUUCUAAUGCUCAGAUCUGAGGACACGGGUGUACACUAUGAAGCGAUUGGUGUGAUUGGGAAUCUGGUUCACUCAUCCCCCAACAUAAAGAAAGAUGUCCUUCUUGCUGGAGCUUUACAACCUGUUAUUGAGUUGCUCAGGUCCAGCUGUUCUGAGAGCCAAAGAGAGGCAGCUUUGUUACUUGGGCAAUUUGCUGCUGCUGAUUCAGAUUGCAAGGCACACAUUGUACAGAGAGGUGCUGUCCAACCAUUAAUUGAUAUGCUCCAGUCUCCUGAUGUGCAGCUUAGGGAAAUGUCAGCUUUUGCUCUAGGGAGGUUGGCACAGGACCAUCACAACCAAGCUGGAAUUGCUCAUAAUGGAGGUAUGGUGCCAUUGUUGAAGCUUCUUGAUUCAAGAAAUGGAUCUCUUCAACACAAUGCUGCAUUUGCUCUGUAUGGUCUUGCAGAUAAUGAGGAUAAUGUUGCAGACCUUGUCAGGGUUGGAGGUGUUCAAAAACUUCAAGAGGGGGUAUUCAAUGCCCAACCAACUAAGGAUUGUGUGGCAAAGACAUUGAAAAGAUUAGAGGAGAAGAUUCAUGGACGAGUAUUGAACCAUCUAUUAUAUCUAAUGAGGGUAGCAGAGAAGUCUGUACAAAGACGAGUUGUUCUGGCUCUUGCUCAUCUGUGUUCCCUUGAACAUCAAAAAAUUAUUUUUAUUGAUGGCCAUGGUAUAAAUCACUAUGCCAACUCUUUUGGAUUAGAGUUGCUGUUGGAGCUUCUUGAAUCUACAAGCGUGAAGCACCAACAAGAUGCUUCAGUGGCAUUGUACAAGUUGGCUAACAAAGCUACUUCACUCUGUGUUGUGGAUGCAGCUCCUCUAUCACCAACACCCCAGGUGUAUUUGGGUGAGCAGUAUGUUAACAAUUCUACACUCUCUGAUGUUACAUUCCUAGUUGAAGGGAAACGGUUCUAUGCUCACAGAAUUUGUCUACUUGCUUCUUCUGAUGCGUUUCGUGCUAUGUUUGAUGGAGGUUACCGGGAGAAGGAUGCUCAAGACAUAGAGAUCCCCAAUAUUAGAUGGGAUGUCUUUGAGUUGAUGAUGAGAUACAUAUACACAGGAUCAGUGGAUGUCAAUUUAGAUAUUGCACAGGAUCUUCUCAGAGCUGCUGAUCAGUAUCUUUUAGAAGGACUUAAGCGUCUCUGUGAAUAUGCAAUUGCACAGGACAUUUCUGUGGAAAAUGUUUCGCUCAUGUAUGAGUUAUCAGAGGCCUUUAACGCAAUGACACUGAGACACACUUGCAUCCUGUAUAUUUUGGAGCACUUUGAGAAAUUGACUGUUAAGCCAUGGUGCUCUCGUCUGAUCCAAUGUAUAUUACCAGAAAUCCGCAAAUUCUUCAGAGAAGCACUUACCAAGCCGGUCGAACCAAUCCUGACCUUGUCGACAUGAAGCUUGUACGAAUGGUUCAGCCUAGGUUUUGAUCUUUUGACUACACUUUCUCGACAAGGGAUGAAGAAUGUACAGAAAAUAGAACUUCUUCCUCGUUGUUGAGGGAAUGAGAGGAGUAAAUUUGAGUAGUAUUGACUUGUAGUUGUAGCCACGUACCUUGGGAUGCUCUUACAUUUUCAUUAUAUAGAUUGGUCAGAUAGUGGGAACAUAUAUGUAAAGUGGGUUUGGUUUUUGAACAAGCCACGAGCUUCAGAUAUUGGAAAAGAGACAACGGAGAAAACUACGAAGUUUCAA